CUCCUCCAGCAGCAGCACCACCACCACCACCCAGCCACCCACCUCCUCCCCUCUCCAAACUCCCCCCCCCCGACCGUGGUCACAACUGCCGCCCAGUAGCACAGACACGUUUCAAACUCACGCGGCCACCACCUUAACCACCACAACAAGCACCAACAACUGCUCGAGACGACGACAACAACAACAGCAACUCAAGCGAACUUCAGCAACGCACCUUCAUCCGGACUUUUCGCGCACUUCACAUCCUGGUCUUGGGCAUCGGGCGCACAUCAUUUGUACUCGGGGAGAGACGGUCUGCGAGGUAAAGGCGCGGCCCUGCAAGUGCUUGCUCACUCUGCACUGCCAGCGGCAGGGCUUCCAGUGGGGCGAGCGAGCGAGCUCUCUCGCACCCUCUGGAGGGUGCGUUUGGUCUACUCUUCCACGGUGGCCCGGACGUCUUGGAAGAGGUGGGGAAUAGCCACUGCUCGUCACAACAACCAUUUAAAGCAGACUAAGAACGAGAAUCAUUCUCACACUUCCGAAGCGCCUUUCGCGCGGAGAUUGUGCGAGGCUUCAGAGGCAGCAGUUAAGACGCCCGCAGAGCGUUGAUGGAGUUGUUCCCCAGUGCUGUGGAGCUGUAAGCCCUCCCCCGUGCCCGCUGUUGAACCCGGGAUCGCUGUGGCUGCAGGCCGUGUCAACAGGCCGUGCCAACGUCUACCAAAAUAAUCGACGGCGAUAUAAAUCGAUCGACCUCUAUCUCAUUGGCCGCAGCGACGUUCUGGGAACGCGGCCGAGACAGCGGGAGGAGACGGAUUGAGAGGUGGUGGUAGGAGUGCGGUGGGGGGGGGGGUGCCCCUCUCUUUAACGUUCGGACAAAACAAAUCAACAACUCGGAAAUAAAAAGGUCGACUCGCGACGAUGUCGGACGAGGAGGAGGAUGAAGAGGUUCCGGCGGUUGCGUUCGAGAGGGACGAGAGGGUGGUGUACUUGGAGCGGCGCGUCUCGCUGUGCUUCCGCGUGCGCGCGGACAGCUGGAGCAAGUUCGUCGUCGACGAGGAGAGCCAGAGGAUCGUGUCCGCCUUCCUGGAGGAUCCCGCCCGCCGCGUCCUCGUGUUCCAUCUCCUCGCGUCCGGAGCCAUCGCCGCGUCCCACGCGCUGCCGGCGCAGGUGAAGGGCAAGGCGCUGUGCGUUCUGCGGCGCCAGCGCGGGCCCCCCACGGUGCCCCCCGCGGUGCCCCCCGCGGUGCCCCCCACGGUGCCCACCCCGGCCGAGUGGUGCCGUGCCAGCCUCACGUUCUGCGAGCUCUCCCCCUCCGUCCUCCAGCAGCUUGCCACACUCAUCGAAGAGGUGGUGGUGCCCGUGCUGUCCAACGAGCAGAACCACGCGUCGUGGCCCGCCGCCGUGGCCCAGGACGUGGAGAGGCACGUCGAGGGCAUGCGAGGCCACGCGCUGGCGGCACGGGGACAGGCCCAGGGGCGCACGCUGCUGCCGCUGCCCGGCCUGGCCGAGCGGUCGCGCUCAGCGCGCAGCCCCAGCGUCCGCAAGAUGCCAGACAAGCCCGAGCCGUACGACCGUCUCGUGGUGCACGCGGUCGAGUCGACGGUGGUCGAGUGGAGCCGCCAGAUCCGCGCCGUGCUCGCCAGCGACUCGGCACAAGCGCUCAGGGCCGGGGCCCACCCGGGGCCUCGCGCGGAGCUCGAAUUCUGGUCGGCUCGCGCUGAAAACCUCCAGUGCAUCGACGAGCAGCUGAACACGCCGAGGGUGAGGGAGCUCUUCCGGGUGCUGGAGAGGGCAGAGAGCAGCUACUGCCCGGCCUUCCAGCAGAUCUGCCAGGAGGUCGCCACAGGCAAGUGUGUUGAUUAGGGGGGCCACGGGCAAGUGUGUUGAUUAGGGGGGCCGCAGGCAAGUGUAUUGAUUAGGGGGGCCACGGGCAAGUGUGUUGAUUAGGGGGGCCGCGGGCAAGUGUUUUGAUUAGGGGGGCCACGGGCAAGUGUGUUGAUUAGGGAGGCCACGGGCAAGUGUGUUGAUUAGGGGGG